GCCGACCAUGGCCGCCACCGCCGCCGCAUGGGCGUUCCCGUCCCGCACACAACGCCUCCCGAGUCUCAAUGUCCACCUCCCGCCCACUCACUCGAUGACAUUCCAUACGCUGCCUGCGUCGUUACCAUCGUCGCCCCUUGAUGGCGUCGAGAGUCCCACGUACUCUGCUCACCCGUUCCCUCUCGAAGUGUCCCCGAUCCAUCACCAACGCUUGCCUCCUCUCCACGCACUCGUUCGAACGUCACCUAAAGGCUACGAUCAUUUUCCAAGACAAGAUAUGAUGAUGCCCCUUCCUCGACGCGACUUGCUUACGUCCCCAAUCCAAGCCGUGACGCCUCGAUUCACGUUUCCAACUCUCCCGUCGUUGAAAGACACGUUGAACCUAUCUCCUCACGCAGCGGACUCCCCGUCCAAGCCGAGCAGUUCAACGGGUGUCAAGCUGUGUGGCGUCCCUGGUUGUGAAAAGCGAGCGAAAGCCGGUGGGGUGUGCAUAGCCCACGGCGGUGGAAUCCGUUGUUCCAAGGACGGAUGUUCAAAGCAUGCUGUGAGCCUCGGCUACUGCAUCAGUCAUGGAGGUGGGAAGCGAUGCACCGCGGAUGGGUGUCAGAACGCUUCGCGCAAGUUUGGGGUGUGCUGGAGCCACGGCGGCAAGCGCAUGUGCUUAGUACAAGGGUGCACGAAAGGGCCAAAGACCGGCGGGUACUGCUGGGCUCACGGGGGCAAAAUCGCCAUCGUGGCAGCCCCCACCAUUGCUAAGAAGUAGACGUUCCAGCGGAGAAGGGACUUGUGUAUUUAUUUAACUUAGCUUCAUCUUGUUCCUCUU